AAGAAAGUAAAAUUUCUGAAGUUUUGAAAAUCAACUUGAAUUAGGGUUAAUAAAUUGUUAAUAUUAUUUAAAUUUGUAAUGGAGGAGUUAACUAAAUGUAUUAAAUUCGAGAGCCCUCAUUUCCCCGUGGUUAAAAAAUUUUGUUGCUGUAUACCUUUACGACGUGGUCUCCUAAUAUGUAGUUACUGCAAUCUGGUAUUCAUCUUGUUGUCUUUUCCUAUCUUGAUAUACAUGUUGGUAGAGUCAAAGACGACAGGUCAUAUAACUGUUACAACACUGACAUUGGAACCUAAUAUACAUCUACCUAUCACAAUAGCUCUGAAUAUAAUCGACGUCAUGUUAACUAUCAUUAUGUUAGUGGGAGUACAUAAGAAAAGGCGAGAUCUUUUAAAGGUGUGUUUCUAUAUGGGAUUGAUUUAUGUUUUAUUAACUAUAAUAGUUGAUUUAACUUUCUUCAAUUUUAACAAUUAUAUGGAAAAUAUCAGCUACGUUUGCGUUACAGUGUACAACAUAUAUUUACUGUAUUUGGUGUACAAUAUAGUUUAUGUACUUCAAAAAGAGGCAUUAGUACAAUACGUGACUUAUCAUGAACAACCACCUUUGUAAUGAUAAGGUACAAUCACAUAGAAAUUACAUUUCUUACAAUCUAAUCUUUUUUUUAUCAAUAUUGCUACAUUAUUAAAGGGUUGCAAGAGCCAGUGGUCACUCAGGGUUAACAGUCUGUGCUAGAAAGAGAUGGGAAUAGAAUAAACAAAGAACAAAGAAAGAGACGUAAUAAUUUUAUCUAUGCCUAUUUAUAAAUAUCAAUAUAUUGAUACCAACAUAAAGGAUUGCAAGAGUCAAUGUGGUAACGUUAAGGGUGAACAAUCUAUGAGACAGAGAUGGAAAUAGAAGUAUAAAAGAACAAAUAAGGAAGGAAAUAUUUUGGUUUUAUUUUUUUAAUCUGUAAAAUAUCUAAUGUGACACAAUAAGGGAGAUCUAUGCGCUUGGAAUAAAAAUAAA